AUUUUAAGGAUAAUCUGAGCAAAGUUUACAAAGCUAUUGAGGAGGCUGACUUCUUGGCUAUUGAUGGAGAGUUUUCAGACUGUCUUCCUUGCCUUGGGUUGACUUCCAGAUGUAUGUUUUUUAAAAGCGCUGUCUUAUAAUUAUUAGGAAUUAGCGAUGGGCCUUCUGUUAGUGCGUUAACCAAUGGCUUUGACACACCUGAAGAAAGGUAUCAGAAGCUCAAAAAGCAUUCCAUGGAUUUCUUACUCUUCCAGUUUGGCCUUUGCACUUUUAAAUAUGACCACACGGAAUCUAAAUAUGUCACAAAAUCAUUUAAUUUCUACAUCUUCCCCAAACCUUUCAACAGAACAUCACCAGAUGUCAAGUUUGUCUGUCAGAGUUCAAGUAUAGACUUUUUAGCAAACCAGGGAUUUGAUUUUAAUAAAGUUUUUCGCAACGGAAUCCCUUAUUUAAAUCAAGAAGAGGAAAGGCAGCUGCGGGAGCAGUAUGAUGAGAAGCGCUCUCAAGCCAACGGAGUGGGGGCCUUGUCCUACGUGUCUCCCAAUGCCACGAAAUGCCCAGUGACGGUUCCGGAGGACCAGAAGAAGUUCAUCGAAAAAGUGGUGGAAAGGAUAGACGCUCUCUGGCAGAAUGAAGACACUCCCAGUUUGCAGCUGGAGCCUUGCACGGGGUUUCAGAGGAAGCUGAUCUAUCAGACACUGAGCUGGAAGUAUCCCAAAGGCAUCCACGUUGAAACCCUGGAGACCGAAAAGAAGGAAAGAUACAUCAUCGUUAGCAAAGUGGACGAAGAGGAACGCAAGCGGCGGGAGCAGCAGAAGCAAGUGAAAGAGCAGGAGGAGCUGAAGGACGCGGUGGGCUUCUCCCGAGUCGUUCACGCCCUUGCAAAUUCUGGCAAGCUUGUGGUCGGUCACAACAUGUUGCUAGACGUCAUGCAUACCAUCCACCAGUUCUACUGCCCCCUCCCUGAGGAUCUCAACGAGUUUAAAGAACUAACGACGUGCGUCUUUCCGAGGUUACUGGACACCAAACUGAUGGCCAGCACUCAGCCCUUCAAGGACAUUAUUAACAACACCUCCCUUGCAGAGCUGGAAAAGCGUCUGAAGGAGACCCCCUUCAGCCCUCCGAAAGUCGAAAGCGCUGAAGGUUUCCCAAGUUACAACACGGCAUCGGAGCAGCUUCACGAAGCCGGCUACGACGCGUAUAUAACCGGCCUGUGUUUCAUCUCCAUGGCCAACUACCUAGGUUCCUUCCUCAGUCCUCCCAAAAACCACGUCUCUGCGAGGUCGAAGCUCAUUGAACCGUUUUUCAACAAAUUGUUCCUGAUGAGGGUGAUGGAUAUCCCCUACCUCAACUUGGAAGGCCCUGACUUGCAGCCCAAACGCGAUCAUGUUCUUUACGUUACAUUUCCGAAAGAAUGGAAGACGAGCGACCUCUACCAGCUUUUUAGUGCUUUCGGUAACAUUCAGGUGUCCUGGAUUGAUGACACGUCGGCCUUCGUGUCCCUGAGCCAACCGGAUCAAGUUCAGAUCGCCGUGAACACCAGCAAGUACGCAGAAAGCUACCGAAUCCAGACCUAUGCAGAAUACGUGGAGAAGAAGCACGAGGAGAGGCAGCAGGGGAAGCGGAAGUGGGCCGAGGACAGCUGGAAGGAGACGGAGGGCAAGCGUCUGAAGACGCAGGCGGCCCCCUACGUCCUUCAGAGCCGAUACUACAACGUCAACAGUUUCACAGCAACCGGCACGGUCGGGAAGAGAAGUAUGAGUCCCAUCCAGGAGGAGAGCGGCCUCGAUGAGGCCGAGGUGGAAGAAGAAGAAGAGGAGGAGGAGGAGGGCCUGGAUUCCCCGGGAACCCACACAGAGUCCCUGGGGGAGGAGAAGAAGAGAGGCAAGCGGUUCAAGAAGGCCAAAAGGGAGGACGCCGCCCCAGCAGGAGACCUCCAGACCUCUCCCGCCAGGCUCUUCGAAGUCCCAGACAUGUGGUAGCCCUCGGCCACACCUGCCCGGUGUCCAGCUCCGAAGGAUUUGCGCUCACGCCCUGCGCCAGCCACGCUUCACCUCCGUUAAAGCGGGGCCAUCGGAACGAAAAGGCAGGAUGCAAACUUGGAAAGCAGUUAAAUUUUUUAAACUGCCUACUGAACAAUCAUCAUUACUGUUCCUAUGUGUGUGUGUGUGCGUGCGAACACCUGUAGUCACACUGGUUUAGUUGCUCACGUGAAAUCUUUUUGCUGUCGUAAAUGUUAGACCAGAAAGCAAGACCUCGGAUCCCCUUUAUAUGGCAUGUAGCCUGUGAAGUUUUACGAAAAGAGCCAGAGCCACCCUUUGCUUUGCUGCUCCUUUAACAGUGAGCGGGGGGUGGCUUACGGCCCUCAUCAUCUUCUGUUUCUACUCGGUUAGUAAGAUCAUCCUUUGGACCCCUUGAUUGCUCUGCCAGCCUUCCUGUAGGAAAAGCUCGGCCGGGCUGCCUGCCUAACCCGCUUCCCUUGACUUUAGAGCCGAACCCUCUCUCUCUCAUUCUUCCGAAAUCCAUUUUCCUCCCCUCCUCAACCUCUCACCUUUUGUUUCAGAUGUGUACUGGGGGAGAGGGCGUCUCCUUCUUUUCCCCUGUAACAUUUGUGGGUUGUGUCGUAUACUGAAAAAAGCAAGCGGAAACCUCCUUUAUCAGCCCUCCUUAGUUUAAAAAUAAAUGAAUAAAUCUGCUUUGGUAGAGUUCAUAAACUUGGUUGGAUAUUUAACAUUUUUGUAUCAUGGAAGCGGGAAUGAAAUAUGUAUUUCCAUAAAGUGAAAAAUUAAAGAAUUUUUUUUCUUAGAA